AUGAAGCUUACUAUUUUAUUACUUUUAUUAUUUGUUGGAAUAAAUCAAGCAACAUGGUUGAAUAUUCCAAAAUUAGCUGUUCGAGUUAGUAAAUCAUUUGUUGCGAUGGAAAAAUUAGAGACACCUGAAGAAUUGAGAGUUUCGGCUGAAGAAGAAGAAAUGGAGAUUGAGGUAAAUCAAGAGGUCAAUGAGGAACAUAAAGUGUCGAAUGAAAAAUUGAACUUGAAAAAACCAUAUACUUCAAUGUUGAAAAAAGAUUUUGAUAAUCGAAAAUACGAAAUCGUCUACAUCGAAGAUCCAGAAAAUGUUGCGAUUGAGAUUGCCGAUUCAAGAAAUCAACGAAAAAUUGAUCUGGAACCAGUCAAAUAUGCAAAACUAGAAACUGGAUAUUUCCAAUCAUCUGAAUCUGCUGAAUCCUCCGAGGAAAACGAUACAUCAUCAUCUGAAGAAGAAGAAGAAUUGGAAGAAUCAUUGCCAUAUCCAAGUAAAUGUGGAUGUGUCAAAAAAUCCGGAAGAGUUUUCGAAUCAAAAACCUCUCCAAGAGAAUGGGAAUCAGCCAAUUUCCAAGCCAAUGAUUUGCCAGCCGCGUGGGACUGGAGAAAUGUGAGCGGAAAGAAUUACUGUAGUCCGACAAGAAAUCAACAUAUUCCGGUCUACUGUGGAUCGUGUUGGGUUUUCGGAACAACUGGUGAGUUGGCCCUAGAGAAAUUGAAACCAAAAAUAAGAAUAUUUUUCAGGAGCUCUCAAUGAUCGUUUCAAUAUUGCCCGACAAGGUCGCUGGCCAAUGACUCAAUUGUCACCACAAGAAAUCAUUGAUUGCAACGGACGUGGAAAUUGUCAAGGAGGAGAAGUUGGAGAUGUUUUAGAGCACGCAAAACUUCAAGGACUUGUUGAAGAAGGAUGUAAUGUAUACAGAGCCACAAAUGGAGGUAACUUUAGAAUUUCAUUUUAAAAUUAAAAAAAAAACCAUUUCAGAAUGUAACCCAUAUCAUCGUUGUGGAUCAUGUUGGCCAAAUGAGUGUUUCUCACUUACAAAUUAUACUCGUUAUUAUGUCAAAGAUUAUGGAACUGUGAAAGGACGUGAAAAUAUUAUGGCUGAAAUCAAGAAGGGUGGACCAUUGGCAUGUGGAAUUGGAGCAACAAAGAAAUUCGAAUAUGAAUAUGUGAAAGGAGUUUAUUCAGAGAAGAGUGAUUUACAAUCAAAUCAUAUUAUUUCAUUGACUGGUUGGGGAGUUGAUGAAAAUGGAGUCGAAUAUUGGAUUGCUAGAAACAGUUGGGGAGAAGCUUGGGUAUAUUUUCAAAAUUAUUUUCACCUAAAAAAAUCUAUAUGGUUUUAGGGAGAGCUCGGCUGGUUCCGCGUUGUCACUUCAAAAUUCCAAAACGGCACUGGAGAUCAAUACAACAUGGGAAUUGAGCGCGAAUGUUAUUUUGCCGAUGUCGAUGUGUCAAACUUGAACUAA